CGCCAUGGAGCGGCCCCGGCCGCCGCUGCCCCGGCUCCUGGCCGCCGCAGUGCUCGUGGAAUGCUGUGUGCGGCUUUGCCCCGCUCUGGGCAGCAGGACGGGCUCCACUCUGAGCGCUGCCGACCCCUGCGCCCACCUGGGCACCGCAGCAGGGGAGCGCUGCCAGACAGGUCACCUGGAGCGAGGAGCUGGCACAGGGCAGGCACCGACACCAGAGGCCAUGGGGCAGCUGUGGACAGAGGCUGAACUGCUGUCCUUGCCUGGGGCCCCUGCCGGGACAGUCGAGCUCUCCAGCCCCCAGGAGAGCCCCAGAGGCCCUGGGCUGGGCAGGGAGGGGACAGGGCCCACGGUGCAGGGUGCUACAACCACCGAGCCCCUGGGGCCCCUGGUCUCUGCAGGCACUCCUGAACAGGCAGCUGCAGGCAGGGAGCAGCCAUCCCCUGCCAGUCUAGGGGUGACCAGUGCAGGGGCCCCAGCCGCUGUGCAGGCAGGCACAGAUCCUGCAACCAUGCACCCCCUGGGCACUGACGCUGUAGGACAUGUCACAGUAGAAGGUGCCACAACUGCACAGGGGGCACUUUCGCAUUCACCACCCUCCGCAACAGUGCCAGGCUCUGCCAGGGGUCAGUGGAGGUCCACCAGCACCCUGCUGGGAUGGAGGGCCACUGGGACAGCCCUCGUGCAGAGCCAGAGAGCCACUCUCCAGCUGGGUGACAGCAGCCCAGGGACCCACCCGAGCACCGUGCUGGCUACUGACAGCUCGGCGCCAGGGACAACAGGGACAUCGCCCUUUGCUGGGGGGCUACGGAGGCUGCUGACCCCCACAGGGACACUGCAGGGGACACACUGGGGGCUGCCAGGGCUGUCAGGAGGUCAGGGCUUUGCCUCCCACCCAUGGGAGGGUUCCCCCUCUGCCCCUCGCCCCUCUGCACUGUCCCUGGGGCCUGGUGGGGACCCUUUGGCCAGCACAGCCUGGCCAGCCAUGGGGACAGGCCCAGCCUUGCUGCCUGCCACACACAGGCACUCAGGUCUGCCUCUCCCCACCACCAUGGCCAGCACCCCGGGGGUGACAUCUCCCGGCCAGGGAGGAGCCCUGGACCUGACCACAGGGGUCUUGAGCCCCCCCGACCGGGGAGGUCCCCCUGAGCACAGUCACAUCCCCCUGAGCCCAUCAGCCAUCCCAGGACAGCCCCCCGUCCCUGUGACCCCUGGGCACGCUAUGGCACAGGGUGCGGUGACACACGCCAAUCUUGGGUCCCCCCACAUCCCCCCAUCCCCACAGUCUGCCCCAGCCAGUGUCUCUGCAGUGACCCUGCUGUCGACCCCACUGCCUUCCCCAGGGACUGGCUGGGGGGUCCUGAGAUUCAGCCCCACUGUGGACACCCCCCUGGGAGCCCCCUCCCCAGGGAUGCCCCAUUCCAGCUCAGGGGUGGGUCCUGCUGAGAGCCUGGGGGGGACCCAGGUGGGGGUGGGCAGCCUGGUUCCCCCCUCAGCACCUGGGCCUCCCCAGCAGCCAGCUUUGUCCCAGCCUGCGUCUUCCCAGCCUGCGUCUUCUCUGGGACUGACCACUGCUAUUGGCGUCACCGCCACUGGUGUCACUGCCACCCUCACAACUGCCGCCAGCCCAGAAUGGCUCGGGGACAUGGGGACGGUCACACCAGAGCCGGCUGCUGCUGUACCUCAGAGGGAUGUGGUGGGACUGACAUGGGGAUCCCCAACUCAUGUGCCCACUGUGAUGCCCGGGCCCCCCCAGCAGCCCACAGAUUCCCAUGGGAUCCUGGGCCAUGGUGGAGGCCCUGGGUCCCCCCCACCUGCUGUGGACACAGACCUGGCCCAGCCAUCGAGCAGCCCCGGAGGGAGGGCGGACACUGACACUCCCCAAGUGACACCGGCCGGGGUGGGCAGAGCCCCCCAGGUGUUCAUCGCGGAAGAUCAGCCCCCACUCCUGAGAGCAUCCCUCCUGCGCAUCCCCUGCGAGCUGGUGCUGGACAUGGCCUUCGUCCCAGCCCUGCAGGAUCCCGGGUCCCACGAGUGCCAGGAGCUGCUGCACAGCUUCAACGAGACGGUCACUCCCCUCUUCGCGUCGGUGCCUGGGUUCCUGCGGCUGGAGGUGACAGGGAUCAGGGAGGGCACUGUGGUGCUGCGCUACGACGCGCUGUUCGCGGUGGAGCAGCUGCCGGUGCCGGGGCUGGACGAGCUCCUCGAGGCCGCGCUGGGCUCUGCCGGUGCCCAGCCGGGGCUGGCGGUGGGCACGGCUCCCGUCCUGCGCCACGCGGCUCUGGCGCGGCCGCUGGACCCCUGUGCUGUGCUCUUCGCCUGCCCGUCCGGCUUCGCCUGCGUGUCCAGGGCGGACGGGAACGUGACCUGCACCUCCCUCUGCCACCGUGACUACUGCAAGAACCACGGCAUCUGCACCCACGCCCGGGACCAGCAGCCCCGCUGCCAGUGCCCCGUGGGCAGCGAUUUCUGGUUCAUGGGGCUGCGCUGUGACUACCGGGUGACACAGCAGAGCCUGCUGGGCAUGGCGGCCGGGGUCCUGCUCAGCAUCGUCCUCCUGGGCGCCGUCCUCGCCGCCAUCGCCGUCCGCCGGUUCAAGGCGCUGCUGCUGGAGGCCAGGGCCGACCAGACCCGCAGCAGCUACCGGCGUUUCUGCCGCCUGGAUGACGUCUCAGCCCAGUACUGGUCGCGCUCAGGGCUGCCCUCCGCCAGCUCACUGGACAACCCGGCCUUCAGCAACUCGGAGGAGCUGCUGCACCUCCAGAUCCUGGACAACGGGUGCUGCGGCUGCCAGGAGGACUCGGCUGUCACUGACAGUGCCAAGCGGGGCCUGGUGCCCUGUGCCCACCCCCAGUGCCGGUCCAGCUUCCAUUACGACUGGGACACCAGUUCCAGCAGCAUGAAUGACCCCAUGGUAGACUCGGGGAAAGCCAGUGACAUCUCUGUGUCGAGUUGGCCCAUGGAGCCCCUCCAGUGGGCUCCCUUCCCUCUCCUCCACCAGCUUUCCAGGCAGCGACCGCACAAGGCUCGUCGGCCACAGUCGUUCUGCGAGGGGCUGGAGCUGGGCACCCUGGAGCGGAGCUGGACGGCCUGAGGCCACGGACAACAGAUGGCAACGAGGUUCAGCUUUAAAACCAACCACAUUUUAUUUCCACGUAACGAGCUCAGUGAAGGAAUUCCACACACUUGGACGAUACAAUCAACGCGGGUGUGAUGUCAGUGAUGUCAGUCCCAGUGGGGCAGAGGCCUGGCGAGCCCCUGCCCACGGGUUCCUGUCCGGGCCUCGCAAGCUCUGGCUGGGACUGUGGACUCCAGAGCAGGCAGAGACAGAGAGGUGUCAGGACACACAGUGCUGGCAUCCACCAGGUCGUGACUUACAGGGGCAGUCUGGGCACAAGGCUGGUGGCUUCUGGAGGGCACAUCACGCUAUGGACACACAGGCUCUGCCCUACGGCCGCCGCAGGACGAGCUCAGCCACGCUGAAGGGAGAUACACGAAAGCGCUGCUGCGUCGUUCAUCAUGAUUCAUGUCAAUGAGGUAUAAACACCAGGAUGUUGUAAGCAUUAAAGUUUAUUUUCCAAAA